UCCAGUUGUGACUUAUGUCGACAUUAUAAUGAAUGUGUGUUUGCGGUGCGGAUGGCGGAGGAGUGCGGUGGCGCAGGGCUGGGAGGAGGCGAGGAGAACUGCCCCCCCGUGGUGGUAUCGUGGGAGGGCACGGCGGACAUCCAAAGCGGAGACAUCCUCAUCGUGCGCAUCGCCGACCCCCUGCUCCUCGAUUCUGCACCUCACGUCGCCAACAAUGACACUGAAGAUUCCAAUUCUAUCGAUGCCGCACAGAGAGCACACCGUGCCUCCGUCCAGCCCGCUGUGUACCAGGUGACGAGACAGGGACACCUGCAUUGUGACGUCACCGACGGCAUGCUCCUCGAUAUCACGCCGCUCGAUGAAAACGGCGCCAAACUGUUCACCCUUUACGAUAAAGAUCUUACUGAAGGCGUUAAUUUGCUCAUAGUGGUAGCAGAGAACUGGGGCUCGCAAUGCGUUCGUCUGAAGGUGACCGUCAAGUCCGACAACUGCGGUGAGUCGCAGGAAUGCUCAGGGAAGGGCGUAUGCUACACCAAUGUAUCUAUGGAGGGGUACGAGUGCCAGUGCUGCCGGGGGCACGCGGGCCCGCACUGCGAGGAGCGCGCGGCCUGCAGCCCCUCGCCCUGCCUCAACAACGGUAUCUGCGUCGACAUCUCGCAGCCACUCAACGGUGCCACCUACCACUGCUUAUGUCCUUACGGAUUUACGGGUAGAAAAUGUGAAAAGGAUCCUUGUUAUUCGACGCCGUGCUCGAACGGUGGGUCGUGUAUGAGUAUGGCGGUCAACGGGUCAACUACGUUCCACUGCGCGUGUGCGACGGGCUGGUCGGGCCCGCAGUGCGAGCAGCCCGUCAGCAAGGCCUGCGCCGCCAAGCCCUGCGCCCACGGCAUCUGUGUAGAGGAGAAGCAAGCCAACAAUGGACAGAACUACCGGUGCUUCUGCGAGCCUGGGUACACAGGCGAGCACUGCGAGGUCGAGUACAACGAGUGCGAAUCGUCGCCAUGCCUCAACGGCGGCACGUGCACGGACCGCGUGGCCGGCUUCUCGUGCGCGUGCGGCCGUGGGUACGCCGGCAACGCCUGCCAGCUAAAGGUGAACCUGUGCUCGCCGAACCCCUGCUCGGAGAACCAUUACUGCGUAGAUCGCGGAAACUCCUACACCUGCGAGUGCAUCGAUUGCAACAUGCCGCCUAGAUCGCCUUGUGACAACAACCCGUGCGCGCACGGCGGCACGUGCUGGAGCAGCUCCAACUCCUUCUACUGCUCCUGCCGACCCGGGUACACGGGGAAACUUUGCGAAGAAGACUUCAUCCUGGAGCCGGUGGUAGAUGGCGAGGGAGGUGAGCCGGGCGUACGCGGGGCGGGCGAGGCGGGUGAGGGGGCGGGCGGCGUGCGCGAGCUGCGCCUGCCGCUCGGCCUCUACCACGACCGCUUGCACAACGUCUACAUCGCCGCCGGCACGCUCGGCGCUGCCAUUGCUAUCGUAGGAGUUGUCGUAACAGCAUGCCACUGCCGUGUGAACAAGACAUAUGCGCGCCUGCUGUCGCGGCUGUCGCGCGUCACGGAGAGCGGGCCGCCGCACCACUGGCUGCAGGAGAAGCGCGGCCCCGCGCCGCCCGCCGCGCCGCACGCCGCGCCCUCCGCCGCGCCGCUCGACACCGCCGACAUGUACUACACGCUCGACUUCAGCGACAGCCAGAGCUCGCCUCUCAUACAAUAGCCAUCACUCCUGAACUGUUCCGACGGGGAACGGUUCAAGAUAGUAAUAUAAUGUUCAGUGAACAAUCCUGUUGCUUCUCGCCACUAAAUCCAUCGACGACCCUGAAAGCAUGACUGUGUAAGAUUGUAUUUUGUUUUGGCUUCUAGUCAACCUACUGCAUUUCAGUAAAAUCAUUUUAUACAUAUCUUUGUAAUUUCAAAUAAUGUUUGGCUAUUUCUGCAUUUGCCAUUUUAGCAUCCCGUGUUUGUGCCUAGAGCCAGUAUCUCUUUUAAUGCUUUUACCUCAGGGCCGUCUCUAACGGAAUCAAAUCGCUUUAUAAUGUAAUCACACUGUGUUCGUGUGUCACAAUAUUGCUGGUGUGUUUACUCUUACUAUUUACUAUCAAAGAUAAG